GGGCUGGUCGGUGAGAAGAGAAGCACAAAAUGCUUUUUAUUCAGCAGCGCGCUCGCUGAGGAGCGGACAAACCCUCCGACGUCUCUGUGCGCGUAUCAGCGGACCUGAGCAGCUCUCAGCUUCUCUCUGAAAUCGGUACCAACCGGCUUUUAUUCCCAGCGCUACGGACUGUACGGACUCGGCUCUUUAAGUCUACUUUUCUCUCCCACUUUCAUUUAAGUCUGCUUUUUGCUCUCCAGCCUGCACGGGACGGCGGCUUUUCCUCACAGGUUCUGGGUUUUCCCUGUGAUGACCUCACUGCUGUUUCCUGGCCACGCCCACGCUGCAAUGAAGGACCUCUCCUCCUCCUCUUCCUCUUCCACCUCUCCUCUCAACUCCCUCCUCCACUACCCGUCCUCUAAAACCUCCGUGGCGCCCUUUUCCCCAUCCACCGGCCCCGCGUCCUCUCGUGGAUCGGCCCUGUCCUCGACGCCUCUCUCCAAGCCGCAGCCCUUCUGUCUGCAAACGGGGCCGCACCUCAUCGCCAGCAUGCAGCUGCAGAAGCUCAACUCACACUACCAAAACCUUGCCAGUGCCUCUGGCGGACACUCUGGGCCUGGAGGGCCUCAAAGAGGCUUUGGACCCCCGCAACUGGGAGCGGGUAAUCAGCUGUUGGCACCGUCUGGAGGCCUUGGAGGAGGCGGGAUGGGUGUCGGGAUUGGCAUGGCCAACCAAAGUUCCAGCGCUGGUGGGAUUAUCGACUUUGACCCUGUGGACGAGGAGGUCCUCAUGUCUCUGGUGGUGGAGCUAGGUUUGGACCGGGCCAACGAGCUGCCCGAGCUCUGGCUGGGACAGAACGAGUUCGACUUCAUGUCGGACGUGCCAGCUGGAUGCUGACCUAUGAGGGUGGGGGAAGCACAUGGAUAAAGUGGAAUUGAUUGACAACGAGAGAGAGAGAGAGAGGACUUCUCUCAAUGUUUGGUUUUUCUUUCCUCCCUUUGUUGGCUGAUAAAACGAGGAAACAGAAGAGACGCUGACCGAUGGAGAAAAGCGAUUAGAGGCUCGCUCUCUGUUUCUGUUUUGCUUUCAUACCCUCCUACGGGCAGACAAAAGAAAAGACAAGCUUGCUUUUGAUUUUCUUGUUUCUGUAAAGGAAUCAGUGCUGCUUUUCUUCACCGAGAUGAAACCAGAGGUGCUCCCACUCUGAACUGUACUUCCCUUUCAUGUAAAAGAGCAGAAACAUCAGCAGAGUAUGAGCAGAAACGAGGAGUCUAAGACUCACUCCUGCUCCUAUCCUGUUUCCUCCAUCGCUCCAUCAUUCGCCCUUAAUGAAAACAAGUUGACUGACACGAGAAGAGCUGACAAAGACAUCCGAGCCACCCUCUUUAGAGAGGAGUAAGGUACACCUGUUGGACUCGAUCCCCCCUCUUUUCUUAGUACCGCCCUGAAUUGAUCAAGUGGACGAUUAAGGAAAAUGAGAGGCACGACUUUGUGGGAGAAUUGCAAAGGAUGGCAAACACUACGCUUCCUGUUUUCUUAUACACAAUAUUAAGCUCUGGUCUCAUGGGAAAGGAACUCCUGUCUCUCAGCUUCACAAAGGAAAUGAUUGUCUUAGACUUGGUUAUCUCUGUGCACUUCUUUAUUUUCUUGUUUGAAUUUCGUUCAAACAGCCGUAGUCAUACAACACGUUAUUUAAGACGGUGGCUGAUCCCCCAUCAGGAGACAAGCAGACAAGGAGCACUUCUGUAGCGAACCUAAAGUCACCUCAGCGAGUUAGAUCCAGAAAUGUGGAAUGGGUGUGUUUUGUUGUCCGGCCUGAAAGUUGAUGAGGAAGGGUGGGAUAGCUAGUGGCAGGGAUCCUGUGCUACACGGAG